AGUCACUAUGCAAUUCAGCAAUGUGAAGAAACUUUAAACGACGCUUCAUUAGAGCAAAUGGUGGAAGAAAAAAUACUAACACAAGACCAAGGUCAUAUGGUACAACAACUACAAGAACAAGCUGUAUCAGAACAUUUCCCGUUCUUAGUCUUCUUAAGGAAUCCUAAUUCAGUUUCUAAAUAUUUAUUUUUUUCUGUAUAUGCCGAAAGAAGGAGAUACUGGUCAAAAUUAAAGAGAACGAUUGUUACAUUUGAUACAGUAAAAAAGACUUUAUCAUGUCGCUGUUCUUCAGGAAAGAGAACAUGCGCUCACAAAACAGCUAUCAAAUGGUACUUAUUUCAAGAGCACAAGGACAUGUUAACAUCUGAAUUAACGGAUCUAAGUGAUGAAGAAAAUGAUAGUGAAAAUGUAAGACUUACGCAAGAAGUAACACAAAACGAAAAAAGAAAACUAGAUUACAUUCAAAGGCACAAAAGGUAUCCGGUGACGAAAAGCAUAGACAUUCCGCAUCUUAAUGAUAUAACAGAGAUUAUUCCAUCAGAGAAAACAUGCGUCCAAUGCAGAGACAAGCUUACCAGAGUUGUUUUGGUGAAUAGACAUGGUAAAGCAGUAUUGAAAAACAAAGUCAUACAUGAUAUUUCAGUUUACAAUAAAGUGUGCUCUAAAUGCGGAAUGGAGUAUAGGUAUCAAGAAUGGAGUGACGGUCUUCACAAUUACGAUGAUUCAACAUUCAUUGGGUUUGAUGCUUGUCAUCUAAUUAGAGCUGGCUUACAGAAUCAUGUGGCAAUUAGUAGAACGAUAAACAUGCUGGCAGAUACACUAGACGAAAAUCUGAGGCUUCAUGACCUAACGAAUGCUUAUUUGAUGUUUGAAGCACUAACUGAGCAUUCAUAUUCUUUCUACUGCUAUCUGUGUGGCUUCUAUCCGACAACGAUUGUGAUGGACGGUAUACGAAAGACUUGUUUUCGACAUGCCGUUUCAGAUAUGGUUGCACCGGCAGAUUUUACAGAAUUACCCGAAACAGUUGAUAUGGAUUCAUUUUGGAAGAAAGUGGAACAAGAGUUGAUAAGUCCUGGAGUCAGACAUGGUAAACAUUUUCCCUUGUUAAUCAUUUUUGUUGAUGAAACACAUUAUUGA